GAAGUCAAACUCAGGGCAGGAAUAUCCCAGCAUCAAGAAUGGAGGUGGCUAGCAAACAUGGGAGGUAGCAGCUGGCAACUAAAGGGGGAUAAAACAGUUUUAAGAGAAUGUUUUAACGUCGUUGGCGACACGCUGUGACUGAUUGGCGUCUCCAGUGGAAGCAACGAUAAUGCUGUCAGGCAGCACCGUGCUCCGGUCUGCUGCUAAACUGCUGCCACGGCCGAACCAUAGUUCAGGACGUGUCUGGUGCAGUAAUAUCUCUGUGCAACCAGGAGGCUUGAAACCAAAGACGGUUCCACCUCGGUACCUGGGCCAGCUGAGCCCUUUCACUCACCCACACCUCAUCAAACACGGGGAGGUGACUCCAGGCUUGAGCCAGACAGAAUAUGAGCUCCGGCGCCACCGACUGGCCUCACUUAUUGAGGCCCAGGCAGACCGACUGGGACCUUCUGCCUCCUCCAGCACCCACGUGGUCAUUGUUCUGUCCCACCCGACCCGCUACAUGACCAAUGACAUCCCUUAUCCCUUCCACCAGAACCAGGAUUUCCUCUACCUCAGUGGCAUCCUAGAGCCUGACAGCGCCUUGGUUCUUUAUGGGAAAGGGCGUCCGGACGAAGCCAUCUUGUUCGUCCCCUGCAGAGACCCUGGGAGAGAGCUAUGGGAUGGGCCCCGGUCAGGGAAGGAUGGGGCGGCUGCUUUGACCGGCAUAGAGAGAGUUCAUAGCAUUGAAGAACUGGGUGUUGUGCUCAAGAGCCUUAAAGGAACUAUGCUGUGGUACGACAGCGCUCAGCCCGCCCACCCUCGGCUUCACCAGACCAACAUGUGUGCCCUGCUGGGGGCUGGGCCAGUGCCUCACUCUCUCAGGCCCCUCAUACACCAUCUCAGGGCCCUGAAGAGCUCAGCAGAGGUGGCGCUCAUGCAAGAAGCAGGUCGCAUCACUGCACAGGCUUUUAGGAGGACAAUGGCUCUUUCUCACGGAGACGUGGACGAAGCUGUGCUCUUUGCUAAGUUUGACUUUGAGAACCGGAUCCGUGGCGCCAACUUCCUGGCCUAUCCCCCUGUGGUUGCUGGAGGGAAUCGAGCCAAUACUCUGCAUUACAUCAACAACAACCAGAUUGUCAAGGAUGGUGAAAUGGUCCUGUUCGAUGGUGGCUGUGAAUACUUUGGUUACGUCAGUGAUAUCACUCGAACGUGGCCAGUGAAUGGGAAAUUCAGCCCUGCCCAGGCUGAGCUGUACGAGGCCGUUCUGGAGGUCCAGCACUCCUGUCUGUCUCUGUGUUUCCCGGGCGUAAGUCUAGAUCACAUCUACACUACCAUGCUGGCUCUGCUGGGACGACAGCUCGGGAGGCUGGGCAUCAUGAAGGAUGGCACCAGUGAUGCUGAUUUACUAAAGGCUGCACGGCAGUACUGCCCCCACCACGUUGGUCAUUAUCUGGGCAUGGACGUCCACGACACCCCUGAGCUGUCUCGCUCACAGCCUCUACAGCCAGGAAUGGCCAUCACCAUAGAACCAGGGUUGUACAUCUCCGAGGACCAUGACCAGGCCCCAGAGCGUGGCCUGGGCAUCAGGAUUGAGGAUGAUGUGGUGAUUCAAGACAAGGGAGAUCCUCUGAUUCUGUCCUCAGAUGCACCUAAGACCAUUGCUGAUGUAGAGCAGGCCUGUGCCCAAAGAUAGGGCAUGGAGAGAGACAAGCACUGAUGGCAAGCAGUGUACUGCUUUUUAACUGCACUGAAAACAUCAUCAGACUCAGAUUCCAGGCCUGUGAAAGGUGGGAGCACACUGGGAGACUCUGGUUUUAUUCUCAGCAAGGCCACAGACAUUUAGAAACCUGAUGUGGAAGCUCAUAGAAUUUGGGAUGCUUUUAUUGACUCCUAAAUGUUUAAAGAAACAAGUUUGGGUGGUUUCAUGUGUGUAGUCUUCAUUUAACACACUGUAGCUGGUGGGUUCCCUCUGGAACAGUUGCAUGUAACUACAUGUCAGCGCUACAGUGCUUAAUAGCAACACGACAUAGAGACCAACUCUAUUUAUGUACAAUAUGUUUAUCUAGCAUUGUGAUGGUGCUAUUGUCAGGUGAAAUCCAAUGCUGAACAACAAUCCUCUUGGGCCACGUAUUUUCAGUGUUUAAGUCCAUGUAAGCACCGUCAUACCACACCAGGUAAUAAAAUGUUUCUCACUCACUUUUAAAGUUAUACACUCAUGAUUCUUCAUCAUUCUCUCCCAGUUCAUGCUACAGUACAGAGGCCUGUUGAAUGCUUUGUGCUCUAGGAUGGUGAGGAAGGACCAGAACAGGCCAUAAUAACAGACCACCACAUUUAAACACGCAAGUGAUGAAUAAAGAGGACUCUGCCUGAAACAGCUGCUUCUGAUAAACCUAGAAUGAUGAUAUCGAUUACACCAAUGCACUAAAAUGUGAAAUGAAUUUGUGUGUGUUGCUGUGUAUCUGUGUAGGAAUAUUGUCUUUUUCAGCAGAGACAUGAUAUUGGUGUUUAUCGUGUUAAAAAGAUUUUAUUCCUGCUUCUUCCAUAACUAAUAAACUCUGUUGCUUUAAAUCUGGUUACUAAUGAUGGAUGACCUGAUGUGAAAAAGAUAAUAACAGGGCUGUGUUGAGUCAGACUACAAAGACUCUGAAGCG